AUGGAUCUGGCUGGAGCGCUGACGACCACAGGAGCUGCAUUGCUCGUGUCUCACUGCUGUGUUUUUGGGUAUGAAAUUAUUGUGAUUCUACGUUGUGUGGCCACGGCUGUGUGGGAUGGGCUGGAUGGGCACAAGUCCAAUGAACGUUUGGACCGCGCUCUCUGGGAUGCCCGUAUCAAACAGUACCGCUGCUCCUCCAGGGCUUGCAUGCACAUCGCGGCAAUCUGUACCUUCGGGCAAAUGUUGCACUUGCAAUGGAACGACAACGCACACUCUCGGUGGCCUUUGGUGAUUUCUAUGUCUGCAUGGUUUAUGCAUCUGAUUAUCAGCUCUGGCACUGUGCAGUUGAACAGAACGAGAUGUAGGCUCUUUGUUCUUGUGAUGUAUGUUAUGGUCGGCCUGUGGAUCCAUGGCUUUCCCGGCGACUGCCAGAAUGCUCUCAUCCUUCAGAACGUAACCAUUUCUGUGCGGUUUGCUGUGGCCACCUUUUUUGUAAAUUUUCAAAUUGGAGUUCCUGCUCAAUCGUUGCUAAGCUUGCUGGAAGCGUGGAAUGCUUGGAAGCGAGAUCCCGCUUCUCUGCACAUUUCCUGUCUUCAUCAGCUCACCGUACUGGCUUUCAUUUUGGUCCUGGCGGGCGUGAUGGAAUUUCACAAUCGCUCACGGAAUGCCCUGCUGACAAACUCGGAGUCAAUGGUCCUGAGCUUCCGAAGGUGCCAGUCCGUAGGCCCCCCCGUUUUUCUUAUUGCUAUGAGACCUCAUUAUCGUGAUUCUCAUUAG